AUGAACAGUAAGAGAAAAAUGAAACAAGCCCCUGGUGUACUCGUAGUGCUUAACCUGAGUAGUACAAACAGUGCCCCAUCGUCUGUGAUUUCCUUCAGCUUCACCAGCAUCGCUCCUCGAAAUGAUUCCGAUAUUUUACUGAUAGUUGUGAUGUGUAUUGUUUUCUGCUUCGCCAUUCGCCAUGCGAAUGACUUCUAUACCGGCGAGACGGUAACCCUUGUGGAGGAAGGAGUGUGGAGUGGACGCUAUCGUCAUAGAGAAGACAAACGUUUGCUGACAAAAAUCGAGGCCGAUUUCGAAAAUAUGUACAAAAAAUUGAAGGACAAGGCUACGAUACCAACUAAAGUGGAAAGCAUCCAUUACCUCUGA